AUAUGUAGCACAUGGAUGAAUUUGCGACGAGAACAUCAAACGAUGCGGAAGAAAUUUGAUUACUUCUUGGGUUCCCUUCCUACCGUGUCAGUAACAGUGAAGCCACCGCCGCCACCGUCUGAGUCGUUGAAUAUGUUGCUUCCCGUUCUUCUGCUGUUCCUGCUGUCAAACUAAUGUGCUGCGCACUCCCGCUUUGCUCUUGAUGUUGUCCUCGUUUACCAUCGAAGUCGGGCUAGUAUUUUCAGUCUUCGUAGUGCCGUUAUUUAGGAUAGUCACGUGUCCUGCCCGGUUCAGUGCUAAAGAGUAAAUUUUCAUAACCAAGCCUUCGAACGGACGUACAUCGACUCGUACAAGAAACGGCUGGUCGCCCACACCCAUGCAGUCCGCGUUCCCCCGCUAGAAUCUGAGUGAUUUAAGUGAACUGAACAGAAGACGUCGUCUCUGCCUGACACCAAGCAUCACCCCCCAAAUAAAGAAAGAGAAAAAAAAACGAAACCCGGAUCGAUAGGAAAUACGAUUAGGGAUUACUCAGCAAGUCGAGUGAAACGACGCGACACGGGCGGUCACCGAAAAGUAAGGAAGUGGAGUUGCGAAAGCGCGUGAUUCGAAGUGAAACGUGAUAGUGCAAGCGUAUUUCGUGAUACGUGCCCGAGAAGCAGAGUAGUGAAAGCGCGUAGUGAAAAAACAUCAGCGCAGCUAAUCAUGUCGGCUUGGAACUAUCAUUCUUCAUCGUUGUCCGAGGAGGAACGUGACGAAUACAAUGAUGGAUCUGUCAAGCUGCGAAAUCCCAACAUCGAACUGAUGGACCAGGACAUUCUGUAUCAUUUGGCCUUAGGAAGCGAAAGUCAUGACCUACGGGAAAUGUUUGGUGAUGUUAAAUUUGUGUGCAUGGGCGGAACCCCGAAGCGGAUGGAAAACUUCGCACACUUCAUCAUGGACGAAAUAGGUUACAAACUGCCCGCCGGAACGCAGCUGCAGGAUAUCAGUGCGUUCUCAUAUCGUUAUUCGAUGUAUAAGGUUGGUCCCGUGCUGUCGAUCAGUCACGGAAUGGGUGUGCCUUCGCUGGGAAUUUUACUGCACGAGAUGAUUAAAUUGAUGUACCACGCCAAGUGCAAGAAUCCGAUCUUCAUCCGGAUCGGAACGUGCGGUGGAGUUGGGGUUGAGGGUGGAACCGUCGUGAUCACGGAGGAUGCCGUCGAUGGAUUGCUCAGGAGUACUCACGAGUUGGCGAUCUUGGGUAAAAUUGUGCACCGUCCAGCUAUUCUCGAUAAGCGGUUAGUGCGAGAGUUGAAAUCUCUCGCCUCACAGGAUGAUCCUUACGAUACAAUUACGGGUAAAACAAUGUGUACCUCGGACUUUUAUGAAGGUCAAGGCCGUCUGGACGGUGCCUUCUGCGAGUUCUCCGAGCAGGACAAAAUGGACUAUCUGGAAAAGCUGCGAGAUUUUGGCGUGGUGAACAUCGAGAUGGAGUGCACCAUCUUUGCCGCCCUGACUCAUCAUGCCGGCAUCAAAGCCGCCAUCGUGUGCGUCACGCUGCUGGAUCGUCUCAAGGGUGAUCAGGUAAUGUCGCCGAAGGAAGUGAUGAACGAGUGGCAACAGCGUCCGCAGAUUCUGGUAUCGCGAUUGAUUCGCAAACAUCUAGCCCAGGCGGGCCAUCUGAAGAGUCUGGCGGCGAUUCCGAGCUCCAUCAAAUCCCCCCGGCGGUUCAAGCUGGUCCAGCAGGAAUCAGAAGCGCACGAAUAAAUAAGCACGGGAAAGCAGAAACGGCUGACAAUUGUUCGCUACUUUAGUUGCGUCUGAAUUGCGUGAGGGAUGAUGACAGUUGUUUUUUAUUUUGUGGGAGGAAAAUUCGAUUCUAAGCUCUCUCGAAUUUGUUGAGUAGUUUUGGAGCAGUAAAAACGGAUUGGCAGGAAAAGUAGCUAUACUAGGAAAAAAAGUACAUUCCAUUAAAAUAUGUAUUUAUAAGAUGAAAAAAUAAGUUUUUGCUUUAAAAUUAUUCUAACUUGGUUCAUCAGUAGCUGGCUUUACCGCUCAUUCUUGUCAAAUUUGUGGAUAAUUUUCCAUUUUGCCUUUGGCUACCAAUCGCUUUCGUUAGGAAACAUGCUGUCGGUAAAGUAGAAAUUUACGGUUACCCAAAGAUAAAAACAAAAUUACUAUGGAGUUAAGUUUUUUCGUAGUCAUGGAAACUUGUUUGUUUUCUUUUGACACAUCGACGAGGGGCAACAUUAUUACUGAGUACACCCAGUUUUAUCAAAGAUAAACUCAAGAUGGAAUAGUCUAUGAUUUUUUAUACACCAUUUAAAUAUGACCCCUCGAUGAAAUCGGUUCACCGCCAGUCGGAGUUCAAUGAUUAGUUGAACCGAAACAACAAACGCUCAGUCGCUCUAUACGUCGUAACUAUGAUGAUGUUUGUUUUCAUAUUAGUAACAAAUCAUGUUCAAAUAUGCAACAUAUCGAACAAUCUCACAACACUUUCUGCGGUUCUUUGUAUUUGAAUGUAGAAGUAAUUUAUUAUAUUCAACUGGCCUAAUAUUUAAUUCGUUUAAGACGGUUUAAUCUGCUUUAGAAGCAAUCAGAUCCAAAAAUUUUUUACGCAAAACUUGCAAACUUUUGUUUAUUUUCUUUUGGUUUUGUAGCGUAACCAUGGUAUUUUUGCGACGCAUUUCUAUGUUUAUCGACGCUUUUUAACAAGGGGCUUCUAAAAGUAUACCAUUACUGAGUUCUCGGGUUCACGAUUACCGAACAAGUUUUUUUCUUUAAUUUAUAUGGGACUUCGUAAUCUUGAGUUUAUCUUUGGUUUUAUGACCAGUGAAUUUUGGCCUCGUACAGAAACCGUGCGGCUCUUUUUUGUUUGAUGUUAGAUCCCAACGAACUCAUUGUUCCACAUUUCCACACGGGUUGUUUACAGACACCAAACAGACUGGAAAAAGACUGACGAGUGAUGCCACAUUACAUACAUUUUUUCACAGAUUGCUGAAAGUAAGCACAUAUUCCUUUUCUAACAUUUCCAAUAGUGGGGACCUUUUUCUGUUGCUCGUGAAAACCGUCCCUUUCACGAUAUUCUUUCGUGGUUUUAGAACAAAUUUUGCAAUGACUCAUUUUUUUACGAUGAACUCAAAUUUUUAGAAAAAUGACCUUGCAUUCCUGUUCACAGAUAUAUCUUAGUUAACAUGAGACAAUGUCCAUGUAAACAGAGCUAGCGAACUGUCUUACAUGAACUAACGACCUUGGUGUUAUUGGUAGCCAAAUAUAUACAGUGCUCUAUUAUUUUACUGAAAGUCUUGCAAUUUUCAAUCAGAAAACUCCUGAUUGAAACUAAUAUUAAAUCGCAAAAAAAACUCUAAUUUGUGUUCAAACUCUACCAGUUUCUUUAUUACAGUUGGUACUGUUGACUAAUAUAGAGAAAAACAACUUAAACCGACAAUAUUUUGCUAAAAUUCGAAACAAUAUCCUUUUUAGAAAAAGAAUAAACAGGAACAUUAUUUCCCAGUGAAAGCUUUCCGAAAUUUAUUCUGGAUUCAUUAUGAUUUUCAACUAGAUAUCAGAUGUAACAGAAUCAUAAUGAACUAUGGAACAAGAUGACUGGAAAGCUUUUGGACAGCGCACCUCUCCCACAGUUGGCCCGGUGGCGAACCAAGAGUGGAUCGAGCGAUUUAUUGUGCGCAAUGCUAAACUAAUGCUAUAAUAGUAAAUAAAUAAAAAAAAAUAGACAACGAGUUACUGGAGCAUAUGAAUCCAAAGUCCUUCACAUAAAUGUACUUAGUUUUCGCCGUAAUUGAACGUUGUUUAGAGGUUCGUAGUGCCGUACAAACACGUAUUGGUUAUUAGUAUAUAUAUAGUAUAGGGAGGCAAAGUUGAUUGUUUUGAACACAGUUAUGCAAUUUUGAUUAGCGUCACAGUUGCGUUAAAAUAUUCCGCGAGGAGUUGCUGUCCGGUUUAUUUGAUUCGUUGAGAUCACCCUUCUCAACUGCACAACACUAGUCUAUUCUAAUGCAUGGUAAACAUCUCUUGUACACUUAUCAAGUCUCUACAUGUUUCGCAUCAGUAAUAAUAGCAGAUAUUUCACACACUCGGGAAAACUAUAUAAAUAAUCACCAAUUUAUCGCUCAUAUUACAAAUUCAAAACACGUAAACCACGACUGGAUUCAUAUUUUGAUCUUUCCGUAAGUAAAACGAGCAACACUGACAAACAACUAUUUAAAAACAAAAUCUACGCAUCAGUAAGUUAUGUGUGUUAUGUACAAAAAUCAAUAUGGAAUACCAGUUUACUAUUAUUAUAACAUAUAUUGAAAUAUAUACUAUUAAAUGAUUUGACGAAAACUAUUCACUGACAGAACAGUCGUUAAA